AUGAAGGAUUUCAGAUCCAACUCAUUGGAGUAUCUUGAUUUAAGUAACAACAACUUGGAAGGUGGAGUCUCUGAUUCUAUUUAUAGGCAACUCAAUCUUAAACAUUUAGCAUUGGGGUCCAACAAUCUGAGUGGAGUUUUGGAUUUAGACAUGUUGAGAAUUCAAAGUCUAACAUCUUUAGACAUUUCCAAUAACAAUCAACUUUUGAUAUUGUUUACUAAUAUUAGUUCUAAGAACCUUAUUUACAUUAAAAUGCGUUCUCAUAAAUUAGGAAAAUUUCCCUUCUUUUUAAGACAUCAGAAGAACUUGGAAUAUCUAGACCUUUCAAAUACUCAAAUUCAUGGGAACAUUCCCAAGUGGUUUUCUGAAUUGGGUGCUUUGAGGCACCUUAAUCUUUCUCAUAACUUGUUGUCCUCAGGAAUGCAGCUUCUCCUCAAUUUGCCAAAUUUGAAAAUUCUCUAUCUUGAUUCUAACUUGUUCAAUCUAUCCUUUCCAAUGUUGCCAUCAUCAAUACAACAAUUUAGUGCUUCAAAUAAUCAACUCAGUGGAAAUAUCCAUCCUUCAAUUUGCAAUGCCACCAACCUUAGUUUCCUGGAUUUGUCAAAUAAUAGGUUGAAUGGUGCAAUCCCAUCUUGUUUCUCUAACCUCACUAUCCUUGGGUUGUUGGAGUUGAAAAGGAAUAAUUUUUCUGGUUCUAUUCCCAUCCCACUACCAAAUAUUAAAAUCUAUACUGCUUCAGAAAAUCAGUUCACUGGAGAAAUCCCUUCUUCAAUCUGCAAUGCCACCUCCCUUGAAGUCCUUAGUCUAUCCAACAAUCACUUGAGUGGUACAAUUCCGCCAUGUUUAGCCAACUUCCCUUCUCUUGCGGUGUUGGAUUUGAAAAAGAACCAUUUUUCUGGGAAUGUUCCAAUGAUUUUUCCAAUAGGAAGUGAAUUGAGAAGCCUUGAUUUGAACGACAAUCAAAUAGAAGGAGAAUUGCCACCAUCCUUGCUCAACUGCAACAAUCUUCAAGUCUUGGAUCUUGGGAAUAACAUCAUAACAGGUCUGUUCCCCCAUUGGCUAGAAGCUGCAUCAAGUUUGCGAGUUCUUAUCCUAAGAUCCAAUCGAUUUUAUGGUCCAAUCAACAACUCAAUGAACAAAGACUCUUUUCCAAAUCUACGUAUCAUUGAUUUAUCUCGCAAUCAUUUCAGUGGGUUGCUGCCAUCAAACUUAUUCAAAAACAUGAGAGCCAUGAAGGAAGUUGAAGUGGGCAACCAAAAACCCAACUCUUCUUCGCUUGAAUCUGGCAUACUCCCUUUCUAUAAGGACUCAGUGGUGGUAUCAAUAAAAGGGUCUGAUCUAAAAUUGGAAAGCAUUCUAUUGAUAUUCAAGGCUAUUGAUUUCUCAAGUAAUGAAUUUAGUGGAGAGAUACCAGAGGCGAUUGGAAGGCUCUUGUCCUUGAAAGGUCUCAACUUUUCUCAUAAUAAGCUUAGAGGUAUGAUUCCCAUAACUUUUGGGAAUCUAAAAAAUCUGGAAUGGUUGGAUCUUUCUUCAAAUGAACUGUUGGGUAAAAUUCCACCUCAGUUGGCUACUCUUACAUUUCUCUCCCGUUUGAACCUCUCACACAAUCAUCUUUCUGGGCCAAUCCCUCAAGGGAAUCAGUUUGCAACUUUUGAAAGUUCUUCGUAUGUUGGGAAUCUUGGGCUUUGUGGGUUUCCUCUACCAAAUUGCUACUUAGAAAAGGCCCAUGAAUCUCAAAUGGCACAUGAAGAAAGUGAGAGUUUGGACAAAGGGUUUUGGUUGAAAGUUGUGUCGAUGGGAUAUGGAUUUGGAAUGGUGUUUGGAGUAUUUGUUGGGUAUCUUGUUUUUCGAAUUGGAAAACCUUUAUGGAUCGUGGCAAUGGUUGAAGGAAGAAGAGCUUUAAAGAAACAAAGGUAAGAAAAGAAAUGAAUAGGGUAUGUCUUUCAUAAGUUGAUAUUAUAUAUUGUAGACAUAUUUCAUAAUUAUGAAUGAAUGAAGCUAUAUUGUGAAUUAUGGGGA